AUGUCCACAACUACGCUAACAAAGUCAUAUGCCAAAUCCGCCACAAAGGAUAUUGAAGAUUCAUUACGGUUGAUUGACGAUUUGAAAUUUUUCCUUGCAACAGCCCCGGCCAAUUGGCAAGAAAAUCAAGUCAUUCGAAGGUAUUACUUAAACCAUGACGAAGGAUUUGUAAGCUGUGUCUACUGGAACAACUUAUAUUUCAUAACCGGUACAGAUAUUGUGCGAUGCAUUGUUUACAAGUUUGAGCACUUUGGCCGUAGAAUUAUUGAUCGCAAGAAAUUUGAAGAAGGGAUAUUUUCUGAUUUAAGAAAUUUAAAAUGCAAUACUGACGCUAUAUUGGAACCACCAAGAUCAGAAUUCCUUGAGUUCUUAUUUAAAAACUCGUGCUUGAGAACGCAAAAGAAGCAAAAGGUGUUUUUUUGGUUUAAUGUCCCCCAUGAUAAAUUAAUGGCUGAUGCUUUGGAAAGGGAUUUGAAGAAGGAAAAACUUGGACAGAAACCAACAACGAUUGCCCAUAAAGAGCCAGCAAUAAGUUUCAAGUAUGACGAAAAUUCUAGUUUAUACUCCCAGUUGGCCAAGCAUAUUGAAAGCCAAACACAAGAUGGAAUCACUAGCUUGACGAGGACAAGUGCUUUGAACACUGCCAACAGUACGACUACAGCAACAUCUACUUCUGACGAUGGCAACAUACUAGAUCAGAAAUCGUCACCAGAAUAUGCAUCAACUACUACCAAUUGGAAAACCGAACCCAAAUACCUCAAAGAUGGAACAGGCCAUUUAUUUCGAUCUAAACCCAAUCGAGCUCUGUUUGACCAGGAUACAAAGAAGGUAUUGAAUACGUCCACAAUUGAUGAGGCUGAAAUAAACAAUGAAAAUGGUGAUGACGAUGAAGAAGAAGAAGAUGAUGAUGAUUUUCCCUUGGAUUACUUUGUUUCUCAAGAUAAUAAUGACAACUAUAUCACGUUGGAUUCCAAUUACCAAGGAGGAUCGAUAACAAAUAUAUUUGAUGAUACCAAUGGUGAUGAGUUCUUUGACCCAAGCCUAUUCAUACCUACGGAAGUGGGGAAUGCCAGUCUGAACCAAGUUGUAUCCAACGAUGAAUACUUGAUUGAGCAGACACAACCUUUGAAAACACCACUACCUCAAGCCAUGCCAACAUCAAGUGCAAAGAUGCUAUCACUAGCUAAUCAAGACAACAUAGGAGACGAGUUUUCCUCAUACCCACAACUGACGGGUACUAUCGCCAAUAACUACCCCAUUCCGUUAUCAGCCAAAUUGCAAACCACCUUCAAACCAGCACAACAGGAACAAUCUCAACUUAGCACUACAGGUGGUCUCACUACUCCACAGUUUCUCAAAGUUCCUUCGCAACAGAUGCAAGCGCCAUCACAAGCAUUCAAUUUGUACGACCAACAGCCUUACUUAUCAGAUAUGUCAGGGAUUGGUUAUAAUUAUAAUCUCAUACACCCUGAUAGUGAGUACUGGACCACAGGUCAAAUCAAUCCCAACUUGGCGGAUGCAAGCUCCGUCCUUGAUUAUAACGCAGGUCUUGGAUUCGGGUACCCGAUGCAACAGCAACCAACGAUGUACAUGAACGAUGAAUUUUUACCCUAUUUUAUCAAUCAACCAUUAAUGAUACCCCAGCAACAAGCGCAAUCACAACAACAACAAAUAAAGUAUCAAAGCUUGACGAGGCAGCAACAGAUAAGUAACAAGAUGAUGAAUAAAAAGAGACAAAUGCAGCAGCAACAGCAACAGCAACAACAACAGCAACAGCAACAACAACAGCAACAACAACAGCAACAGCAACAGCAACAACAGCAGCAACAAUCAGCUCAUCAGCAAGUUCAAAAGCAGCGACAAAAAUCAAACCUUGUCAUUGGUAGUGGCGGAAUUACGAAAAAGACUGUUUUAAAAGUGGAAAAGCCAUCAAUUUCUUUAAAUGAGGUGGUGAAGUCAAAGACUACAAAAAUUGCAAAUAAGGAAUAG